CUUUAAUUGGACGGUUUCAAAAUCUGUGACAUUGCAGGCAUUGCAGUUGGCUACUGAAAGAUCUUCACAUGUAUCUACUGACUGGGCCAUCAGUGGCUUAACUUCGGAGAUCGGACGGGUUCCGGUGCUUUUCACUGUGUAUGGCCGUAACUGA